AGUCUGGACAGCUCCUCCUCUCACUUCCUCUCUCCGUUUCCUCAACAUCUUGGCUUAGUAUUGUCUUCAGUGUUAGAGAAGGGAGCAGGAGCCAGAUUUUCCAGGAGUUCACACUGCAAUGGCAGACCCCACGCGUGGUCCAUGGUGUGGCGCCAGUGACCCCAGGAGCAGCUGUGGUGAGAUGGUGCUUAGAAACCAAGAUGGCGGUGAUUCACAGCUGAGACUUGUCUUAGUGGGUAAGACAGGAGCAGGGAAAAGUGCCACGGGCAAUAGCAUCCUUGGAAAGAAAGUGUUUCCUUCCAGCAUUGCCGCAAUAUCUGUCACCAAAACCUGUAGCAAAGGGAGCAUCAGGUGGCAUGGAAGAGAAAUUGUAGUCGUGGAUACGCCUGGCAUUUUUGACACCGAGACACGUGAUGCAGAAACCUGUGAGGAGAUUGCUCGCUGCAUCAUCCUGACUUCCCCAGGGCCUCACGUUCUGCUCUUGGUGGUCCCGCUGGGCCGGUACACGAAGGAAGAGUGCAAGGCCACAGAGAAGAUUCUGCAAAUGUUUGGACUCAGAGCUAUGAGAUACAUGAUUCUCUUGUUCACCCGGAAAGAUGACUUGGUUGACCUCAAUUUCCUUGAUUACUUAAAGGAAGCACCAGAAGACAUACGACAGCUGGUGGACAAGUUUGGUGAUCGCUACUGCCUGUUCAACAAUCGGGCGACAGGAGCUGAGCAGGAGGUCCAGAGAGACCAGCUGCUGGCGCUGGUCCGCCGCGUGGUGGCCGAGAAUGAAGGGAGAUGCUACACAAAUAAGAUGUACCGAAAGGCCGACGAGGAGAUUCAGAAACAAAUCCAAGCCAUGCAGGAACAUUACAGGGAAGAGCUAGAGAGAGAGAGAGUGAAGAUAAGAAAGGAAUUUGAAGACAAAAUCAGAGAGCUGGAGGAUAAACUAGAGCGGCAGAAACGAAUGGAACAAAUGGAGAAAGAAUUGGCUGAGCGAGAGGCUCUCUAUGCCCUAAAGCAGCAAAAUGCCAGAUGUGAAGUUGAGGGUCAGUACAGGAUACUUGAUGUGAUCAUGGCAACACUGAAGAUGGUUUUUCCUUUUUUAUCUCGCCUAUUUAUGGAAGAUUAACGGGAAUGAAAAGAUCUCCUAUUUCCUGCACAUUUUCUGCUGGUGGUGCCAGCCUCCCAACCCCCGAACUCAUUCUCCAAUCUUGGAGUAGUCUCAGUUCUGUCUCUCAGACUCUCCAUUCUGUCUCUCUGACUCUCAGGGGUAUAAUCAAGUUCACUGUGGAUGAUUGGCAGAUGUGUGAUUGACUUAACAGGAGAGGGACAAACUCUCAAUUUGUGGAACUCCAGAGUAGAAGGUGAUGAUGCUCUUCUAAGAAGAUGACCCCAAAAUUUCUCUAUUCAUCCCCAGUAAAAUCUAGAUUCUUUCUAGAUUGAUGGAUAUCCUCUCUGUGUCUUCUACUCACUGAUUUUUGCCCUUAAAACACAGUGACCACCUUUCCUAUGUGGUUUGUUAGACAGGUUGGUUCUUUGACUUGGGUAAUCUGUCAAUUCUUAUAGAAUUCUUACAGAUGAAUGGAAAUGUAUUUAGUUAUAUUUUUUACAAAAGGAUUCAAAUUGUUCCUUAUCACCUGCUCAUUGAAGAACAUACAGUUGUCUGGAAAAUAGAUCUCUCAGAACUCAACUAAAUGAAAUGCCAGAAAGAGCAGGUGAAAAACAAAGAUUCAAAGUGGAAGAGAGCAAUAGUUGCCAUGUUCAGAUGGAUCUGAGUAUAGCAACUCUUUGUCCAACCCCCACGCAACAUGUUUGCUGAAUAACCACUUCUCUUCUUUUUUGAGAAACUGUUGCCACAUCACCUCCAACACCUCACACCUUCAUUACUAACUGCAGGUACGGCCCCCUCCCAGUGAAUUGUUUGCUAAUGUGAUUAUAAUAAAAAUGCUCUGUUCUCUCAUUAUUCUCUAAAA